AUGCCGCUAUUUCGUCGGCGAUCUAUUCCCAAGGUGUCCAAGGCGGCACCGGCCUUGCCUGACCUUGCCUUGCCGGGGCUGGAGUCAGUAGCGGAUCUCAACGCUGCUUAUGGUAUGGCCGCGCCAGCCUCGACGGACUCUGAUCUUGCUCAAAGUGAUCGCAAUCCCAAGACGCAGCAGGUACUUCCGGCCUCGCUACCGAACUCCCUUGCUCAGACACCUGCACCUCGACAGACCCCGCAAGCUGAGCCGCACAAGUCGGAGCUUUCGAGCGAUCAUCCUCCCUCAAAGACGUCAGCGGCUUCGAUGCUCGGCAACUCCCCGAGUGUACCUCAGUACCAUCGGCCCUGGACCCGAGAGGGUGUAACCGAUUAUGCAUCCUCGUCACCUCUUGCAGCGCCGAACGCUGGCACCCCGCUUGUAAAAUCUGCGAUCUCACCUACAGCGCAGCACAGACCUCCACCAAGCGCAUACAAGCCUAGCCGCGCUUCGCCGGCAAGUGAACAGGACUUCCGCAACUCGCCAAAUGCUGUUUCGCAGCAAAGCCCGCAAGCGAGACGUGCAGCCAUUGAGGCUGGAAGGCGCCGAUCGCUUCGCCGUAGCAAGGCGCCAACACCUCUCAACAUACUCGUUGCCGGUGCGGCGGGCACAGGAAAGACGAGCUGGAUUCGAACACUGAUCGCGAGCUGCGAAAAGGAAGGAAGCGUGCAGUCUUUGGAUCGUGAGCGUUCCCCUGAUGUGAUGACACGUGCUGAUCAGUCACAUGCUGACUCCUCUACCUUGUCUGCGCGUUCAGCUCAAUUGAUAGGCCAUGGACUCUCCCUCAAUCCAACGCAUCGGACACGACUACACAACCCGCCGAUUCCCCUGCCAACGCGCGCCGUCAUAAAUUUGCCCGCUUUUGAUCUUGCUUCCGACGCCAUUCUGCCUUUGCCUGCAGCACCUGGAUCUGGCGUGUCGCGGGGCUCUCGUGGGCGAAGACCGACCAGCAUAGCAAGCACCGCUGCAGGCUUACCUACAAGCCGCAUUUUGGUCAGCAUCACGGAUACACCAGGGCUCGACUUUGCUCCAGCGAAGGAGUGGGAAACCGAGAGGAAAGUACGAAGCCUGCUACGAGAGAUUGAGAGCCGCUUAAGUCGCACGCUGGCAGAGGAGACCAAGAUCAGCAGGGCCCCUCAGUCACUGGCCGAUAGCCACAUCGACUGCGUCAUCUACAUUAUUGACCCUCUUUCUUUGAGUCGGUCAUAUGGUCCAAAGCUUGACUCGGUGCUAGCAAGGAAUGGCUCGGCAGCCGGCAGUGUAAGCGCAGAUUCUAAGCGCGAUUUGGAAGGUGGCAGCUACGAGAGUGCGGGCUACAAGCGUACGAAGAGCAUAUCAGAAGGCAUUGCUGCACGCGAUGCCAUCUUGUCAGGCUUGAGAAAGAGUGCGACCGUCGGUCGCGCUGCGGGGCAGGGACAGAGCCUCGCGUCAAUGACUAAUGGCUCGCCUGAUCCUGCGUAUGGCUUGAGCGCGCGUCAGGCACGCAGUUCCGGAGGGCUGGGCUCGCCUUUCGCAGAACAUAAGGAGACUUUUCAGAAUGCCGGCGGAGACUCAGACGGCAUUGAUGAAGAGGCAACAGCGGAGCGCGAGCUGGCACUGUCGCCAACAGAGUUGAGAGCUAUAUCUAGGCUGGCAAAGCAUGCAACGAUCAUUCCCGUCAUCGGCAAAGCGGACCUACUCACAGCCACGGCCCUCGUCGAGGUGCGCGAAGCCGUCAGGUCGUCUUUGAUGCGGGCAGGCAUUGGCUUAGGCCCAUUCGAUAUCAGAGAAGAGUCUGAAGACCAAGACGGGGCCCUCGGGCCCGGGCAAUUCAGAACGAAUGGACACUCUCAUGACUCCUAUGAGGACGAAGAGCGCGACGGUACAACUAACCAAUCUGGCGAGGCAGCUCCGUCAAGCAGAGAUGCGCCUGUCAAGCGCAUUCGGAUUCGCUCUAGGCGCACGUACAGCAUCGCUGGUCAACGGACAUCUAUAGACUCGCAAUCGCCGGGUGAUGAACGAAGCGAACACGGUUCCCCGAUUGAGCUCAAACAGACUCCUCCGAUCUUCGACGACUUGCCCACAAAUGCUGCUCUAGGGACUCUAAGCGCGCAACAGCUAGCAUCAAUCAUACCAUUCGCCAUCUUCGGUCCCGAGUCAGUCCCACUUCAACUACCAGCAGCUUUGCGCAGAGAGCCCAAUCCUGAAAGCUCGGCAAGCUUGAUGCGCCGACCUUCUGCGGGUAAUUUGCGUAAAGCUCCUCCGCCUGCUGCCCUAGAUGAGGAAUUCAGCCUCAUGACGCCUUUGGACAGCGCUAUACCACGCACGCAGGAUGUGCCUCCUGUGCCGCCCCUGCCUACCAAUCUGACAGGUGUAGCAUCACCGGGAAGUAACUCCACCGGGUCGCCGUUUGUGCGCGCCCGGGAGAAUUCGUCAGACUUGGCGAUCUCCUCGACCCCUGGCACCGCCGAACAGAUGGGGACGUCAAACGGAACCGGACUGUCUGAAUUGGGACUACUCAAUCUCACGGACGCUAGCGCCAGACCUGCUACCGCUGGAAGAUCUACAAUGCGCCCUCUCACGCAAACCGAGAUGACGAAACUCGCGCGCCUCAAACGAGACGCUGAGAUUGGAGCCAUCCAGAGGGACACAGCUCCUCGUUUUGAGAGGUCUUACUUUUGGGGCGAUGCUAGUGUCUUAGAUCCGUAAGUGUAGAUCUAGCUCCCUCCUGUGCUCGACCCUGAAAGUUUCGACUGACGUUCGGUUACAAUCGCAGGGUCCAUUCCGACUUUUCUGCCAUGCGCUACGCUUUGCUCUUCACACACCUCAAGACUCUCAAAGAAAGUUCACGUGCGCUCUACGAAGAGCAUCGUGCUCGAGCUUUGGAAGCUCGCAGAGUGACUUUAUCUAGUAAGUGCUGUCACCCUGUUCGAGCGUUCUGAUCGGAACUUAUUGUGUCUUCAAUCGUUCGCCUUUCUGCAGUGCCUGCCAACGAGCAGAGACGACUCAUCACGUCCAUUGGAGCUCUUUGA